UGGGGCUUAUUAUUUCUGAGACUAGAAAAUAGAUAGGUCAUCGUUUUCUCCGACAUUCGACGUAGGAAACUCCUGAAGUUUUUCAGGGGAAACAAGGGCCAUGGCGUCCCCUGAGAUGUACGACACUGCUCUCCUGGGCAUCCUACAACAUCAGGGGAAGAUAGAGAACUUCUUGGACGUGAUGUUCGGCUUUUUGUACCGAAGAACGGACUUUUUCCGGACGAUGCGCUCCAAGGAGGAUCGGAUGGGUUUCCCGCCAGGGGUCCAGGAGAAGAUGCUGUAUUCGAUCUUCAAAAAGUGGCAGCACUACGCCACCCAGGAUGAGGAGAGGAUGAUGAAGAAGCUACAGGAGAAGGCAGAGAAGGAACGGCAGGCCGCUGCUGCAGCAUCAGCAGUCGUGGAAGAAGUGGAGGUGGAGACAACACAAGCACCAGAAAACACAGAAAACAAGACGGACAAGCCGUCAUCACCAGAACAGGCAAAGACUCAGACAGUUGCAACCAGCAAUGUAGAUACUGCUCCUGCAAGUGAGGGGCAAAGUGGUGGACAAAAAGAUGAAGAAAGGAAAGAAAGGACAGAAGGAGAAACUGUAGAUACUAAAGAGGCACCGAAGGAUGCCAGUAAGACUGAUGCGAAGACAGUGGAGGGAACAGAGGCAAAGGAAGGGGCAGCAGCAAAACCAACUAGCCAAGAGGAGUUUCAGCAGGAUGCUGAGAGCUGGAACGGAGCUGUUCGAGAGAACUACAAGUGGGCCCAGCACAUACACGAGGUGGAGAUUAGGGUACAUGUUCCUCAGAACAUCAAGAAGGCAAAGGACUGUGUAGUGGAUAUCAAGAACAACUUCGUAAAGGUUGCUAUUAAAGAUGGAGGCCAGGUGAAGGUGCUGAUGGAGGGGAAGCUGACCAAUAAAAUCAUCUGUGAGGAGAGUAUGUGGAGUCUGGAGCCAGGCAAAUGUGUGCAGGUGAAUCUAGAGAAAGAGAAGGAGUACUGGUGGAAGGCUGUCCUGGUAGGUGAGCCUGAGAUCGACAUCCAGAAGAUAGAACCCAUCAAACACAUGCAUGACAUGGAUGAUGAGGAGCAGUCAGGGGUGCAGAGGAUGAUGUUUGACCAGCACCAGAAGAUGAUGGGGAAACCCCAGAGCCAUGAGAUGGUCAGUUUGCUUCUUUUUCUUCACUGGGUUUUGCACCUCAGCCUUCUGCACUUGAAGAUCCAUCGUGCUGCUUUCUUCAGUUUGCUUAGCUUAGUAUAA